AUGUCGUUGACCUUUAACUCCCUCCUCACAUCGUCACAUCAUUACAUCGUUACGUCGUUACAUCGUCACAUCAUUACAUCGUUACGUCGUUGCAUCGUUACAUCGCCACAUCGUUACAUCGUCACAUCAUUACAUCGUUACGUCGUUACGUCGUUACAUCGUUACGUCGCGGGUGACGAUGCAACGAAACAACGACGUAACGACGUAACGAUAAAAAUUUCGGCUUUUCAAAAUAUCCAAUGGAAGAAUUACGAACAAGUAUUUACUGAAACAUCGAUGGAACAAUUAGGUGAACAAUGUUUAAAACCAGAAAUAAUUCAACUAAUACCUAUGUAUGGUCCACUUUCAACAUUUCCUAUAUGUAAUCAAUCCCUACCCUCUCGUCAACGAGCUGCUGAUCUGAUUAGUCGUAUGACAACAGCUGAAAAGAUCACCCAAAUGGUAAAUUCAGCGGUUGCUAUACCUCGGCUUGGUUUACCUAAAUUUCAGUGGUGGUCAGAAGCUUUACACGGUUUAGCUGGUUCACCAGGCGUUUCAUUUGGUGGUGAUUUACCUUCAGCCACGAGUUUUCCGAUGCCUAUCAAUCUUGGUGCAACAUUUAAUAUGAGCCUUGUUCAUCAUAUGGGUGAUGUUAUUUCAACUGAAGCACGUGCAUUUAAUAACGAAGGUCGCGCUGGUUUAGUUUUCUUUACACCAAAUAUAAAUAUCUUUCGUGAUCCACGUUGGGGUCGUGGUCAAGAAACUCCAGGUGAAGAUCCAUUUCUAACAUCAGAAUAUGUUUAUGCAUUAAUCAAUGGUUUACAACGUGGUGAUGAUGAACGUUAUUUAAAAAUAGCUGCAGAUUGUAAACAUUAUGCUGCUUAUGAUUUAGAACAUUGGAAUGGUACAGAUCGUACUCAAUUUAAUGCCAUUGUUAGUAAUCAAGAUCUUAUUGAAACAUAUUUACCACCAUUUGAAAGUUGUAUACGCGAUGCAAGAGUUGCAAGUAUUAUGUGUAGUUAUAAUGCUGUUAAUGGUAUUCCAUCGUGUGCAAAUCAAUUUUUACUGCAAACACUUGCACGAGAAUCAUAUCAUCUUGAUGGUUUUGUUGUUAGUGAUUGUGAUGCUGUUGGAACUAUUAUGGGUGGUCAUCAUUAUACAAAUACAGUACAAGAUACAGUUGCUGUGGCAUUACAUGCUGGAACAGAUCUCGAUUGUGGAAGUUUUUAUGGUCAACAUACUCAAACAGCAUUAGAUAAUAAAACAAUUGUUGAAGCUGAUAUUGAUCGCGCACUUACACGAACAUUUAAUGUUCUUGUUCGUCUUGGUUAUUUUGAUCCACCGGAACAACAACCUUAUCGAAAGUUAUCUAAGAUAGACGUUGAUACAAAUGAAUCAAGACAAUUAGCAUUAGAAGCAGCACAACAAAGUAUUGUUUUAUUAAAAAAUGUUAAGAAAGCAUUACCAUUAAAUAUUAAUCAAUUGGAAAAUAAAAAAAUUGCUUUAAUUGGACCAACAGCAAAUGCAACUGAGUUAAUGCAAGGGAAUUAUCAUGGACAUGCACCAUUUCUAAUUGAUCCACUAACAGCAUUUCGAAAUGUAACACAAGGUCACUCAAUUAAUGUAACAUUUGCUUAUGGUUGUAAAGUAAAUGAUAGUGAUGAAAGUGGUUUUGCAGCUGCUAUUGAAUUAGCUCAAUCAUCUGAUUUAGUUAUUUUCUUUGGUGGAAUUAAUCAAACUAUUGAACGUGAAGGUCAUGAUCGAACAUCGAUUGGAUUAUCUGAUACGCAAUUAUCUUUAAUCAAACAACUAGAAAAAGUUGUUCGUUCACCUCUUCAUGUUGUUAUUAUGUCUGGUAGUGGUCUUGAUCUAUCGUAUGUACGAGAUUCCGAUCAAUCGGGAAGCCUUAUUUGGAUGGGUUAUGCUGGACAAUCAGGUGGUCUUGCUUUAGCGAAUGUUAUCAUGUUUGAUAUGCAAAUGCGAUCAUCACCAACAAAUCCUGGUCGAACAUAUAAAUUUUAUACUGGACAACCAGUUUUUCCAUUUGGUUAUGGUCUUUCAUAUACAACAUUUAAUUAUUCAUGGGAGGAGAAUCAUUCAACGAAUGAGAUACUUUCAAUUGGAUCAUUAAUCAAAAAUAAAAAUAACGAUGAAGGAAAGAUCCGUGUGCACUUAUAUCGUGUUAAUGUAACAAAUAUAGGAGAAAUGUUUGGUGAUGAUGUUGUUCUUGCAUAUGUUACACCACCAACAAUAUCAUUCAAUGAUCCAACACCACCUAUUAAACGAUUAUUUGGUUUCCAACGUGUUCGUUUAGAUGUAAAUCAAACAAUUCAAGUGUUUUUUCCAUUGAACAUUCAAUCAUUAUUAACAAUAACACAUGAUGGAUCAAAAUGGUUAGAACCAGGUGCAUUUACAAUUCUUAUUGGACAAAAACAUAUGCAUACACUGCAUUUACGAGGAAAACCAACGAGAUGGUCUUAA